AUGUCCGAGCUGCUGCUGCAAAUUGAAUCUUCAAAGACUACUACGGCCACUGCCCUCAUCGGCAGUAGCAUUCCGAAUAGUACAGUUAGCGGUGCAGUUAGUAGACUAACCGAAAGUGUCACCAGUCCCGUUGAUAAAGGCUCAUCACUUUCAUUGCCCUCGUCUCGUCUCUGCAGCAACCAGACCCAAACGGACCGGGACCGGGAGCGGCAGCGAAUGGAGUUCUACGCGACGUACGACGUGAUGACCGGUGUCCGGAUAGCGGCCACCCUCGGGGGCUUCUUUGGCCUUAUGGUGUUCCUGGUGAUCUACAAGAGCCGCACCCGAUCGACGGCGAAGGCACUGAAGGAUCCAACGAUAGCAGCCGUCGCAGCGGCCGUUAUCCAGGAGGAGGAAGAACGCGAACUACAGGAAGCAAUCGAGGCAACGGCUUUUUCGUUACUCCAGGAAGAACUGCACAUCAACUAUCCGGGCCUGAAGCGGGACCGGUUGCUGUCGCUGGGGAAUGUCAGUGCACCACCCAUGCUAAAUCGUAACUCACGCUUCUCGUCCGUUGGUGGUGGAUAUAGCAGCUUGCUGAACCCACCGCGAAGGUAUUCGUAUGCGAGCAGUCGGGGUCAUCGGAACAGCGUUUCGGUGUCAUCCAGGAUACUCAGUGCCUACAAUAUGGGUGAAAGUUUCGGGCAGGAUGAUUACUUUCCGGAAAGCGACGGUGAGGAGGCUGAUGAUGAGUUCGAUCAGUUUACGACUACAGCCGACGUGGGAUAUCCACCUGGGAAUUUUCUAUCCGUGCCUGGAAGGGGAAUAGAGUCGCGUCGAAGCAGUGCUAUGACGUGUUGCAGUACGGAAAGUUCAUUCCUAGAACGACGCUGUUCUGCCAUUACGCUAGGGUUAUCUUCGUUACCACCGAUAUCGCGAUCACCUUCACGGCAGCAAAGUCGCGAGGAUCGUAGCCAAAUGAUGAAUGGAUCCGCCCUAGGGGCGACUUGUGCGGACUGGGAUGCGUUCUAUCCCGGGAUUAAUAUAAUUGAAGCAACGCCAAAAUCGUCGCCAUGUCCCAGCGAACGGGUGGCGCAUCGAUCAACGAGUCUAUCAGCGCGAGACAGUUUUACUAGUAGGAAGCAUCGACUUUGCGACGAUAGCUCGAUAGAUUGUAUAUCCGAGUAUCCCGAUACGAAUGGUGCUGAAUUUAGCCAUAACCAAAAACCACUACGACAGAGUUAUAGUAGUAGCAGUAAAAUAGAUGAUAUUAGUAUAGCAAACCAUAAUUCUAGCAGUAAUAUCGUUGUACGUAGAGCUCCUCUUGCGUCGCUUAGUUCCUUCAAGAUGUCGUCGGCUGACUGCCAGGAUAGCGAUUUACGCAGCUGUGGGUCAGAUUCCGUAUUCGACGACAGCUGCGCAGAUACCGACGAAGAUCUGCAACAGUUCAGUACCGAUAGCGAUGAGCUCAGUAUUCCAGACGAAGGCGAAUGUUCCGCAGCUCCCGUGGUGAUCAAAAUCGCGGGCCCAAGCACUUCGGUAAGUUAUUCCGUUGAAACGGCAGGGACUGGUGGCAAAGCUGCUGGACAAAGCAGCAGCAGCAGUAGUACAAACCGAAUACAGCAACAACGGCAGUGUGAUGCUAGCAGUGCUGCCACCAGUGAUACGGUUUACGUUGAUAUCGAGCACCCUAAUGAAACUAGUUGUUUAAGUAGUCUUUCAAAUAGUAAUCGUCGUGGUAAAGCAAAACUGAAAACCGAUAAAGUGAAUUUAGUGACUAAAAUCGAAACAAAAGCAAUCAUCGAAAGACAGCAGCAAAAUGACAGCCGAGAUCGGUCACCAUCUCCGCGAUCAUCCGCACAGGCCACAGUGCCGCAGUUGCACGGAAAGUCGAUGACGCUGACGACGGUCAGCGGUUCCACUUUGCCUAGCAAUCAAACGUCUAGCAGUCAUUCUAAUAGUCAUAAAAGUAAAGGCAACAAUAACAUUAGCUCUAGUAACCCUAAUAAUGAAAACGACGAUAAUAGCAAUCAAGUUGAGGACGCAAGUAAUACUAAAUGCGUUGAAGUUAAUGUAAUAAUCAAAAACCAUAGCAGUAAUAUCAAAAGCCCCUCUGUGAUUCUCGAGCUACCUAUACUGACGAUAGAUGAGGAUAGCUCCCAGUCGCCACUGUCGCCGGUGGAUCCUUGCGUGCCUGGUCCCUCGCGGAAGUGGUCCAAGGAGACGCUAUUCUAGUUGCAACGGUUUCGACUGUCACUGUUCUUCACAUCUGCUGUACACCUAUAACUACACCAAACACACACCACCAUACAUACACCAAGAAGCAGUACCACCAAACAGAUCAUUCAUACGGGUCAUGGAUUAAUCGGAUCGUUAUUAUUGUUAUUGGUUAUCUUUUCAUGGGAGAUUUUCAGUCGAAGGUUGAUCAAAGUUCGCCGAUCUUAAAACUUAACACUGUUUCACACUUAGUAAUGAACCACCAAUUUUGGUGUCUAUAGCAAUCUAUUGAUCCGUCCAAAAAUUUCUCGAAAUAUUUGUUGAUCGAUGAAAUGGUGACGAUAGUGAAUUUCCAUUUGAUGAUGCUUUGAACAUUAAUCAUAGACAAAUAAAUGUAGCACGGUACUGAGCAUGAAAUAGAGUCCCAUGCACAAGUUGAGCAGUAAAACAUGGACCAUCAGAUUUGAACCAUCAUAGAGAAGAAAUCCAAUGACAGACGCUUGAUCACACCGAUACGUUGAUUUGUCUGUGCGUCAUGUCAUAUGCUCCAUUACAAGAUCAUCCAGGUAAUUUUUCAAAAUAGAAAAUUGAGGAAAAUAAGACAGAGAUGAAACUCAAAUCUAAUUGGCUUCAUAGACCACGGCUAAGGUAUCACUACAAAGAACAGACAUCGAAGUCCAAUUUCAAAAUUGCGUGAUACAUCCAACGGCUAUUUGAAAGUGGCGUGGCUAUCGCAAAACUGCUCAUGAUAGAGAUGACAUUACUUAAACGCUUAAUCAGAGGGGAACUAAGUGUAAAAUGCGCCGUCAGGGUUUGUCCCAUUGUCUCCUAAAGAAAAGAUAUUUUAGUCAACCAUUUCGUGCGAUAUCUCUAUCAUUUUUUGUGUCCAACGGAAAAAAAAACACAUUUGCCAAUUUCCACAAGAUUCCGGCAUUCUUGAUGCGUAGAUCAUCAACAACAACU